AGGGCUCCAAGAAGAUGUAAAAAUGCUACCUGGGGUUAUGGAAAGACCAGAGGCAGAGACAGAAUCAGAGUUAAGACAAGAGGAAAGAAACGCUGGGAUAGUGGUGGAGGGUGAAAUGGGUGUUGUAGUUGAGGAACAGUUAGAAGAAGAACAUGAAGCAGAGAAAGUAAAAACUGAAACUGAGCUUCAGACGUUUUUAGGAGAGGAUGAGGACCCACCUACCGGAAAAACAGCAGCAGUGGAAACUCAACAGGAAGCAGAGGUCAUCGUGAACACUAAAGGGUCAAUGAAGUGGCAGGAGCCUGUCAUUAAACAGGUUCAAGCAACAGGCGAUAGAGCGCAUGAAGUCAAUGACGUGAAUGAAAUUAUCACCUCCAGGGAUCCGUUUGAGAACAGUCAUGGUGAACUAGCAUUGGUGAACUCAGUUGUGGACCUCCCCCCCACACCCACCCUUGGCCUGGGGCUCAAAGAAAGUGAAGCACGAGCAGAGGAACCCAAUGACUCCACUUAUUCCAAAGCCUCAGGCCAGGAAGCUUGGAAGAUAGGAGCCAUAGCGGCAGCCUUCUUUCUCAUCCUGCAAACUGCUGUCACCAUUGUCUAUAUUCUGAAGUGCAGGAGAAAGCCAAACAGUAACGUAACCCCAAAGAAACUGGGUGCAAGGGGAAAUGGAGGUUUAGAAUAUGAUGCAACCAACAAAGAGACAACCAUCCCAAUCGACGAACAAAUCGCUGUAGAUGACCUUCCAGAAUAUUCACAGGUCCAGGAAGAGGACGUUGCUAUGACAACAGGCCCGCCACAUUCUUCCGAGACAAACUCCUCCCAUGACCUCAGAACCUCUGUUGUUUAGCACUGCUGACCUUAAAAGUAUAAUUGUGUUUGUGUAAAUAAUUGAGUUUCUGACAGCAUGAACAUGUGUGAUGAAUGGUCCGAUUAGUCUUGACAGCAAUGUCACUCCUGGGUUAUUCACCAUAUAGUGAUUUCUGUAAGAUGUCUUCAAUAAUGUACACAACGGAGCUGUAUCAACAUGUUUUGUCCUCG